AUGGCCAUCCAAGAUAUUGCUCUUUCCAUUGUGGGGCCAUUUGUAGAGAAGUGUGUUAACCCAAUUUUGCGCCAAUUCAAAUAUUUAAUUUUCUACAAGAGCAACGUUCAAACUCUGAGCAAUGAGAUCAACGGACUUGGGCUGCAACAAGCUGAAGUUCAGCGAUUGAUAGAUGCAGCAGAAAAUAAUGCUGAAAAAAUUAAACCAACUGUUACUGAUUGGAUGAAAAAUGUAGAUGAUCUAAAGAAAGAGGCAUAUACUAUUUCUCAGGGCCGACGUGCUGCAAAAAAAACAGAUGUUGCUCAGAAACUUAUAGGAGAGGGGAAGUUUGAUCAAGUUGGGUACAUAUCUCCAUUAGGGAAGAUGACUUUUAGUGAACAGACCCAAUCCUCUAAAGAAGGCCUAGUUAGUCGGAUGUCAAAGAAGAAGGAAGUGAUAGAAGCUCUAAUGGAAGAUAAAACAAGCCUAGUCGCGAUUUGUGGUAUGCCUGGUGUGGGCAAGACUUUUUUGGUAGAGCAAAUCGCAGACCAGGUUAAGUUUGAAAAGUUGUUUGAUGAAGUUGCCAAAGCAAAUUUGUCUCAAAUUCCAAACACAAGAACUGUUCAAGACCAACUUGCCGAGCAGUUAGGAUUGAAAAUUUCUGAGGAAACUGAUCACGCGAAAGCUGAACGAAUGUAUACGAGAUUAAGCAAAGGUGAAAAGAGAAUUCUUGUUAUAUUGGAUGAUGUUCGGGAAGAAGUUGAUUUUAAGAGUCUAGGAAUUCCUGUUAGAGGUGAAUGCAAGGGCUUGAAAGUUAUAUUGACAUCUCGCCUCUCUCAUGUUUGUAGUAGAAUGGGGGCUAAAAUUUUUGAGGUCGAUGCCUUGCCAAAGGAAGAAGCUCGGCAUCUUUUUAAAGAGGUCGUCGGAAUUUCUGAUGAUUCCACUUUGAGUGAUGUUCCAAACCAGGUUGCAGACGAAUGCAAAGGUUUACCUCUUGCAAUCGUUGUUGUUGCCAAGGCAUUCAAAAGUAAACACACAACACCAGAAUCCUGGAAUAUUGCCCUUCGACAGCUAAAGAAGUACACAAUGAGAGACAUAGGAGGAGUUCAAGAUUUGGUGUUUUCAAGCAUUAUGUGGAGCUAUGAUCAUUUGGAAAGUGCUGAAGCUAAGUCGUUACUUUUGCUUUGCAGUUUGUUUCCCGAAGAUUAUAGUAUUCCACUUGAACGUUUGGUUAGGUAUGGGAAAGGGUUACAAUUGUUUCACGAUAGAGAGACAUUGGGAGAUGUAAGAGACAGAGUACACAUGCUUAUCAAUGAGCUCAAAAAGUACUAUUUGUUGGUAAGUAGUGAUGGCGAACAAGAAGACUUUGUAAAAUUGCACAAUGUCGUACGAGAUGUUUGCUUGUCAAUUGCAUCAAAAGGCGAGCAUGUAUUUUUGGUAAGGAAUGCUAGAGUUGAAGAACGGCAUCCUUACGCAGCCAUUUCACUAACAGUGAAAGAUUACAGAGUUCAACUACUUCCAUUUGGCAAGAAGAGUCCAUGGCUUAAGCUGUUGCGUUUGUCUGCACUUGAAGACGAUCAGUUUCCAAGGAAAAUUGCUCAGAUGAGUAACUUAAAGUUGUUGGACUUGAGGGUUAGACGUAGCCUCCAACCUUUGCCUCGUGGUAUCCUGUCAAGCUUGAAGAAACUAGAAGAAUUGUAUUUGGCACCUGAUUAUCAUCUGCACCUGGGGAGAGAUAAAGAAGAAGAAAGAGAAUGCAUUAAAGAGAUCAUAUCACUCUCCAACCUUGAAUGCCUCCAAAUUCAUGUAUAUGACCUUAACCUCCUACUCCAAUUAUUGCAUGGAUUUCCCGCUCAGAGGUUGUCAAGAUUCCUCAUUGAAGGAGCUGCUUAUAAUAUGGGCUGGAGAGAUCUCAGUAGGGACUUUCAAUUUGGGAGGACUUUCGAACUUCAUUUGUCUCAGGAUGAACAGUUAAAACAAGCAUUGGAUCCUGCAGUUACCAGAAUUGUCAAGAGAGCUGAGACUCUCACUUUGGACCUUUAUGAUGUGUCAAGCUUGAGGAAUCUUGUGAGUGACUUGGAUAAAGAUGGACUUGCCAAUUUGAAAAGGCUUCAACUAGUGUCUGGAGUAUGCCAAUGCCUUGUUGACUCCACCACCAACCUAGUUGCUCCACAUGUUUUUGGAGAUUUGGUUUUUAUGAAUAUUGUGGAAUGCAGUUUGCAAGAAAUAUGUCAUGGAAAUCUUCCACCUCGGUGCUUCAGUCAACUUCAAGAGGUGAAACUCCAAACUGUAGAUACAAUAAAGUACUUGUGGAUGGGAACAAUUGAACCUCCAUCGCUUUGCAACCUCAGUGUUAUUGAGGUCACCUAUUGUGAUCAAAUUACAGUUCUAUUCUCACAAUCAAUAUUGAAAUGUCUGGUGAAACUCCGAAGUUUAACGACAGAAAACUGCAAGGAGUUGGUGAAUAUUGUUAUGAGGGAAGAAAGUAAGAAGAAGGAAGUGCUUGAGCUACCCCAACUCAAAGUUUUAGUCCAUAAACACACCACCGUAACGGGUUUUGGCACCAAAGAUGAUUCAGCUGAUGCUUUUUUCCACCAGGUUUCACUUCCUAGCUUGGAAGAACUCGAGUUUGGACCGAACACGAGUGACGUGCAACAAAUAAUAGGAGGUGAAAUGCCAAGUCAGUCUCUGGAGAACUUGAAAUUUUUCCGGCUGGAGGACUGUCAGGUUCGAUGGAUUGCCAAAGCUGAUGGAGUGAUAAUAUUACAAAAUCUGCAGAGACUUGAAGCUCAUGGAUGUGACAAGAUGAAAUCACUCUUUGAAUUUGAGGGGCUGAAAGUUCCUAGGCAAUCCCAUGAGGAACUUGCAAUUCUUCCCAAACUAGAGUCCCUGACAUUAAGAUCCUCAGGAUUAACUCACAUUUGGAGGAAUUUCCCUACAGGGGUUCAAGUUUUCCGGAACUUAAGGAAUCUGAAAGUAUGGCAUUGCAGAUUAUUACAAUGUUUGUUUUAUCCUCCUUGUGUGGCUAACAUGCUUGUAAGCCUUGAGGUACUAGUAAUUGGUUGUUGCGACGAAAUGCAUGGAGUUAUAGGUGAGGAAGAUGAAGAGAUCAGUCAAGAAGAUGAUGUUGGAAAUCACAGAGAAAUUGCGUUGGAAAGAACCAAUAAAGAAUUUGUGUUUCCCAAACUGAGCUCAUUAGGAUUGUGA